AUGGCCUUCAACGGCCAAACCCCCACGAUUGUCGUGUUGAAAGAGGGCACCGAUGCUUCUCAGGGAAAGGGUCAGAUCAUCUCCAACAUCAACGCCUGUGUCGCCGUGCAAUCGACAGUCAAGAGCACUCUCGGUCCCUACGGUGGUGAUCUGCUGCUCGUGGAUGCCAACGGCAGACAAACCAUUACAAACGAUGGAGCCACAGUGAUGAAGCUUUUGGAUAUCGUGCACCCCGCCGCCCGCAUUCUCACGGAUAUCGCUCGGUCCCAAGAUGCCGAAGUCGGUGACGGAACAACCUCCGUCGUUGUGUUGGCCGGUGAGAUUCUGAAGGAAGUGCGUGACCUCGUUGAGCAGGGUGUCAGCUCGCAGACCAUCAUCAAGGGUCUGCGGAGGGCAAGCGCUAUGGCGGUCAACAAGGUUAAGGAGAUUGCGGUCGACAUGCUGGACCCUGCGGACACCCAGGAGAAGAAGGUCGAGACACUAAGACGGUUAGCCGCAACGGCUAUGAACAGCAAGCUUAUCAAGCGGAAUUCUGAUUUCUUCACAAAGAUGGUUGUGGAUGCUGUGCUUUCUCUUGACCAGGAUGACCUUAACGAGAGGUUGAUUGGCGUGAAGAAGAUUACCGGUGGUGGACUCCAGGACUCGCUUUUCGUCGACGGUGUCGCCUUCAAGAAGACCUUCUCCUACGCCGGUUUUGAGCAGCAGCCCAAGCACUUCAAGAACCCCGGUAUUGUGGCCUUGAACGUCGAGUUGGAGCUGAAGAGCGAGAAGGACAAUGCCGAAGUCCGUGUCGAGCAGGUCUCAGAGUACCAGGCCAUCGUCGAUGCCGAGUGGCAGAUCAUUUACAACAAGCUUGAGGCUAUCUACAACACAGGAGCGAAGGUUGUUCUUAGCAAGCUGCCUAUUGGUGAUCUUGCUACACAGUACUUCGCUGACCGUGACAUCUUCUGUGCUGGUCGCGUUGCCUCCGAUGAUAUGGACCGUGUUUGCCAGGCCACCGGAGCCGCGACCCAAUCUACCUGCACCGACAUCCAAGAGCGCCACUUGGGUACUUGUGGUGCCUUCGAGGAGCGCCAAAUCGGUGGAGAGCGCUUCAACUUGUUCUCCGACUGCCCCAAGGCCAAGACCUGUACCUUGGUGCUCCGUGGUGGUGCCGAGCAAUUCAUUGCUGAGGUCGAGCGCAGUUUGCACGAUGCUAUCAUGAUCGUUAAGCGUGCUCUGCGCAACACCACCAUCGUUGCUGGCGGUGGUGCCACCGAGAUGGAGCUGUCCAGCUACAUGCACGGAUACGCCGACCGUAAUGUUCCCCACAAGCAGCAGGCCGUUGUCAAGGCCUUCGCCAAGGCACUGGAGGUCAUUCCCCGCCAGCUGUGUGAUAACGCCGGUUUCGAUGCCACUGACAUUCUGAACCGCCUGCGUGUCGAGCACCGCAAGGGCAACACCUGGGCUGGUGUGGACUUCGACAACGAGGGCGUUCGUGACAACAUGGUUGCCUUUGUUUGGGAGCCCAGUCUGGUUAAGGUGAAUGCUAUCCAGGCCGCAGUGGAGGCCUCUUGCUUGAUCCUGAGUGUGGAUGAGACAAUAAAGAACGAGGAGUCAGCUCAACCUGGUCAGCAGCGCGGUAUGCCGCCAGGUGCCGCCCAGCGCGCCCUCCGAGGCCGUGGCCGUGGUAUGCCCCGACGAGGAUAA